AGAGAGAGAGAGAAAGAAAACAGAAAUCAUCAGGCUGGUCGGAGCAGAGUAAACGUGCCAACCACGAUUUUCCUCCUCUAAUCGUCCUUCCCGUUUAGCGGACUUACAGAAGGGAAAAUGCAAGAAGGCUAGGCCGCCAGCGUAUUUCAAGUCUGUGACCGAAAAACAUUCCAGCCGCCAGGAUGAAGUCAGUUGCGAUUUUCGCUCUGUUGGCGUUGGCGUUUGUGCGGAGCGAGACGACGAUGAAGGUCACCUUUGACCCCAGCAGCGUAAAACAACUGAGGGAGCUGUCCAGCACAAUUGUCACAGUUUGGGCAAACGAGUCGUUUAAUGACGUCUCCGUCUACGCCAAAGCAACCGCCCCGGACGUUGUUGAACUCUCAACUGACGAAAUCCUGUUUUUGCCGAGCAACGAAAAUAACUCCAGAUUCAAAGCCAACUUCAGCAUCUACGGCACAUUCCUUGGAACCUGCAAUGUCUUCCUGGUUGCUGUGCCCAAGGAGGCCAACGCGUCUGCUGAGGCACCGAUUGAAAAGAGCCUAAUCCUACCUGUCUCGGUUAUCCGAACGAAAAGACUCGUCGACAAGAUUUUCAUCAUCACAGUGCCUAUUCUGGUGUCGUUGAUUUACAUCAACUUUGGCUGCGCCCUCAACUGGACCGUGGUCAAGAACACCCUCAAGAGGCCCAUUGGACCUGCCAUCGGCUUUGUCUCGCAGUUCCUCUUCAUGCCUCUGAUAAGUUUUGGCAUUGGCAGACUUCUUUUCCCGGAUCAGCCUGCCCUGCAGCUUGGUCUUUUCUUCACUGGCUGCUCGCCAGGUGGUGGCGCCAGCAACAUCUGGACAGUAGCUCUCAACGGCAACCUUGACCUCUCUAUCACAAUGACAGCCAUCAGUACUUUUGCCAGCUUUGCCAUGAUUCCGUUCUGGGUGUUCACCCUUGGCCACAUCAUUUUUGAGGACGCCAACCUUGGAGUCCCGUACAACAAAAUCGCGACAAUUGCAGCCGGCCUGCUUGUGCCUCUGAUUAUCGGAACUUUGAUCCAGUUCCACCUACCCAGAGUCUCUAAGUUUCUGGUCAAGAUUCUCAAGCCGUUUGCCGUCCUUCUCAUCAUCUUCAUCAUUGUUUUCGCCACCAUCACGAAUCUCCACCUUUUUAGGUUCAUGAACUGGAAGGUGUUUGUCGGCGGCAUUUGUGUUCCAUGGCUCGGCUACGUGUUCGGAGCUUUGGUUGCCAGGAUUCUGCGGCAGAGUGGCUGUGAUAUCAUUGCCAUCUCUGUUGAGACUGGAGUUCAAAAUACAGGCAUUUCUAUUUAUCUUCUCAAGUUCGCCCUGGAAGCUCCUGAGUCUGAUAUUGCACAAGUUUGUCCAGUGGCUGUGGCUCUGAUGACGCCGAUCCCGCUAGCCAUCCUCUCGUGCAUCUUCAGAAUGAGAGACUGCAAGAGAGGAAAUCAUUUGAAAGGCGCCGAGAAGCUCUCUUCACAGGACGCGGAAACACCGCCAGACACCAACAGUCGCAACACGGACCAGUCUGUUUACUAACCCGCGACCAAUGACUUACGUUGUUAAACCAGCGUCUUGACCAAAUUUUACGGAUUUAUUCAAGCAGUGUUGUAUUUGUUGUCGCGGCUGCCCAAGAAGGCGUUGUUGCAUUGAGCUUUUUUAUUAACUCAUUGAUGUCAACCCCACUGGAAUCGAGAUCGAAAUAACUGCAAGACUGAUGAUAAACUAUGAUACACAAUAGUUAUUUUGAUAUUAAGAGCCUUGCAAUAUUUUGGUACUUACACUAUUGCAGGAAACCGAUUUACAAGGUGCAAAUAUACUCUUUGUUGACACUUUUCAACCCUUUAAGAGUCGGGUGUUGGUUCUGCUAGUGGUAAAUCCUUGAUAGGUGUUUUACUCUGUGUAGCUCAUCUCAAAACUGUAGUCGAGAAAUUAGAUGUUUGCCUAAAAUGAUGUUUCUUGUUGUCUGGCAAAGUAAAGACGUCUGAUUUGUACGUCUAUUGAGUCUGCUGGUGUUAUAUUGUGAAUCCCAAUGAAAUAUAAUUUUAUCAAUGUUUACUGGA